AUGAGGCCAACAGCGGGUCUUAUUGUAAUAGGCGAUGAAAUAUUGAAAGGAUCAACAAUGGACACGAACUCCCAUUUCAUCUGUAAAAAUCUGCAUCAGCUCGGCGUUCAGGUUAAAAAAGUAAGUUCUGUGACAUGGCGGUUUUUGUCGUUUUCUGCACCAGCUUUCAUAAACGUCUCGCUUUCUUUUUCUCUCUUCCACUUCGUGAAAGGUUAUCUAUACUACAACAUUUACUAA